AUGAAAAGUACAAGGAUAGUAUCAUUUUUCAUGCUAUUAUUAGCAUUUUUCACUAUAUCUACAUAUGAAAAAAUGAAUGUUGUAUCACAUAGUUCUGCUUCAAGGGCUGGUGAAGGAGGCAAAAAUGGAAAAGUUAUAACGUGCACUGUUGAAUACAUAAUUAAUGGUGACGUGGAUAUUGAUGAUGGUGGAUUCUGUGACAGUCAAGCAUCAUGCUCAUCCAAUCCAGAAUCAGAUGUUAGCGGUAAUUACUGUGAUAAUUAUUAUGAUAUAACAUUGAUUGUAGAAGAAUCAAAUUUUGUUCAAAGGGAUUAUUGGAUAAAAGGAACAAUACCAUUUUUAGAAUCAAUGAUAAGAAAUGUAAGGGUCAGUAAGGACAAAGCUCAUAUGUCUAUUGUACUUUUUGAUCGUGAUCAAAGAGUUAUAGUUCCAUUUACAGAUGAAAUUAGUCAAGACAAACAAAAGUUGAUAGAAAAAGUCAAAACAAUAAACGACGUAGGAAGAAGUCCCGAUGCAUUAUAUGUUUAUGCAUUAGAAUAUGCAUUGGAAAAUGUUAUAUUUGGUGAUGGAACAAGAAGUGAUGCUCCUAAAGUAGCAGUAUUAUUUUAUUAUGGAUAUGAUUAUGGAGCAAACAAACAUUUAAUACCGGAUGUAGUUGAAGAUUAUAAAGAAAAGAAUAUAAAACUUAUAAUAGUAGGAAUUGCCCUGUCUAAUAGGGAUAAUGCAUAUUUACUUGCAGACUGUUCUAUUAAUGAUAACAAUUGUACUAACGUAGUAUUUCAACCAUGGGAUUUUGUAAUACCAGCAGCAGCACAAGUAAAAGAAAUAAUAUGCAAUAAGGACAAAUCUGAAAACCAAUCUCCUUCCAUGAUUCAAAAAAUAGUGUAUAAAUAA